UUCUUCUUGAAGAAUGAGGAUAUAUAAAUCCGAUUUGGACAAUACCCAUUUUGAAAUUCUAUGUUUUAAUUAUUGACGCCAUUAUUCUCUGAUCCCGAGCUUUCUCUCUCUACUGUGUUUUUUUUCCAUGUUUUUUGUAAGGUAAUUACAGCCUCAAAACCUAGAAAGGGUAAAAAAGGAAAAUAAAGAAUUUGGAGGUCAAAGAUGCUGACGUGUAUAACUUGCUCAAAGCAGAAGGAGGAGGAUGAUGGAGCGCCACGCGCCAAGGAUUCCGUCAAAAGUCUGACGGCGCAGAUAAAAGAUAUGGCAUUGAAGAUGUCUGGUUCAUAUAAACACUCAAAAAAACACUAUAAUCCCAACAUGAUGUACAAAAGAGGAGGAAAUUAUGGAUCAUAUCCAGAAUUUGAUACCAUAUCAGAAGAUGGUGUUCCUUCUUAUGUUCAACCAUCUGGAGGUAGUUCAACAACAGCUUGGGAUUUCGCAACUCAAGAAUAUGUCGCGGUUCAAUCUAAUAAAUCCAGGUUCGGUCUAGACUCUGAUCUGGAUCAUGGUCUAGAUGAGCCUAAACAAUGGAUGGCUCAAGUUGAACCCGGUGUUCAAAUUACUUUUAUGUCACUUCCUACUGGUGGGAAUGAUCUUAAACGAAUUCGUUUCAGUCGCGAGAUAUUUGAUAAAUGGCAAGCUCAAAGGUGGUGGGGUGAGAAUUAUGACAGAGUAAUGGAAUUGUACAAUGUUCAGAGAUUCAACAAGCAGGCUCUUAAUACACCUGGUGGAUCUGAAGAUGAGAACAGAGAUUCUUCAUAUUCUGUGAGCAAAAACUAUUAUAGAACACCAGAUCAAGGUGUUAACCACAAUUACAACACUGGUUCGAGUGCUUAUGGUAUUGGUGGCAAUAAAAUCGAACCAUCCUUUGAUCCUUCACGAACCACAACUUCAUCGAGAGAUGAGCCAUCUAUUUCUGCUAGUAAUGCGAGUGAAGUCGAUUCUGAGUGGAUUCAACAAGAUGAGCCAGGAGUUUACAUUACCAUCAGACAGUUAGUCGAUGGCACAAGGGAGUUGCGAAGGGUCAGAUUUAGCCGAGAAAGGUUCGGGGAGAUGAAUGCAAAGACAUGGUGGGAAGAGAAUAGAGAAAGAAUACAGACGCAGUAUCUAUAGAUUCGUCGGUUUCCUCGAGUUGGUUAUCAUUUUUAAAGAUGAUACAUUGUCCACAAGAAGAUGACUGAGUUUCUUGGCAAUGGGUUAUUUUUAUGUUAACAGCAAAGAGGCACUUUUCUUUGUUUCUUUUGUUUAGUGAUGAUAUAUUGAGCCAAUUUUGUUAACCAAUCUGAUUAGAUUAGAAUUCCUCAUCCAAAUAUUUAUUAUGGCUCUAGAUUAUAGACUUGAUCUUCUUAAUUCAAGUGUCAUUUCAGUUUCCAUUUCAGAUUCAGACUUUGUAAUAGACUCAAUGUGAUCUUGAAUUUAUAUAUAUCAAGAUUUAACUUUCAUCACAGAAAAAAGGAACUGUUGAUC